AUGGCCCAUUCUCCCCGUCCCCGCAUCGUGCUGGAACUUCAUCAGCCCCCUCAAAAGUCCAUUUUAUUUCCGCAGCAGGAGCGGCGGCGGAGGCCGAAGCCCGAGGCCCUUGCGCCUGCGCGCGCCGGAGGGAGGGCGCAGUGCUGGGAGCCCGUGCAGUCCUGCGCUGGCCUCUGUCGACCACGCGUGCUUUUCCCUCCGACCGUUUCGCUUGAAACUGUCCAGUUUGCUCUUCCGGGCGGAGAGUUGACUUGGAUCUGUUCUAAGUGUGGGUCCUUUCUGAUCACCGUCCGAGCGCAAUUUGGAACCCGUCGUGAUUCUGCUGGCCAGCUAAACUAUAUAGAUCCAGCUACUGGCUAUACGGUGCUCACACAGCUUGCCCACUUGCAGAGAGGCAAAUGCUGUGGCUGUGCCUGCAGACACUGUCCAUAUGGUCAAGUCAAUGUUAAGGAUCCAUUGAAAAGGAAGAAAUUCAACUCAUACUUUUAUGUUUGACAACAAUUUUAUCUCUGUUCUCCAUCUAAUUGAGCCUAUGUUUAAAAAAAAAAAAACCACCUCUAAUCCGAAUUGCUUUCUGUGCGGUUAGUCUUUGAGCACUAGUUUAAUCAUAAGUACAUAUAUUAAAAGAACAUCAAUAAAAUGAAAAAGCCAGCAAA